GUUCUAUUUGUGGCGCUUGUGUCUGAGGUUUGACUGUCUGAGAUAACAAAUGGACUUCCUAGUGGAAAUAGAUGAUGAAUUGGAUUAUAAUGAAAGUGAAUCACCUGUAACUCUUAAAAGAACCAAUACAGGAGACUUAAAACCUUCACAACCUAAAUCAACUAAUCCAAGUGAUAAAAGCCGUCGUACUGUAGUUUCACCUCGUGAAGAAGGCGAAGCUUAUUCAGAUGAUGAAAAUGAUUCUAACAUGCCACCAGUUGAUUCAAAACGUGAAUAUAACAGUAAACAAAUGAGUUAUUUUGAUAAAGAAGAAGGUGAAGCAUCCAGUGAAGAAGAUCGACGCUAUGACAAUGCAAGGAGAGAAAAAUUAGCUUCCAGUAAACAUCCUCCAGGAAAUACUAGUUUAACACUUGAGGAGAAUCAAUAUCGAAACCGUUUACAUGAACGAUAUGAACGUCGUGAACGUGAAAAGAAGCGAAUGCGUGAUAACAUAGAUUCAGAGCCAACAAUGCAUGGUUCAAGUCAACAUGGACGUCCUGCAUAUUACAAUGAGAAUUCUACUUCAAGCAGUGAAAGAGAAGGUAUCCAUUCUAAUGCAAAAGUUGAAGAAUCAGAAGGUACUCGAAAGUAUCAAUCUUCUAAACAGUCAGAUUCAAAGCAGAGAGAUCGAAUAAUGACGUCUACAGCUAGUCAACCAUUAGAUAAAUCACCUCAAGAUAAUCGAUCAUACAAAACAAUUGUACAGACAGAACGUGAAGAAUACCUGUUAAAAUGUAAUCAAAAUCAAUCCACUUCCAUGAUGAUAUCCGAUAGAAUUAUUGAUUCACAAACUACUAUUUAUACCACGGAUGAAUUAAAUCCUUCCCAAUUAGAAAUAAAUCGUAAAGUAAAAUCAAAAAAAUCUAAACGAGAUCGUAAAGAGAAAGAUCGUAAAAUGUCUACAUCAAAAAAUCGUGAUGUGAUGUUGUUGGUAAAAAUGAAAAAAGACAAUAAACAACAACGAAAAAUUACCUCUUCCGGUGCAGGUACCAUUAACAAUCCAUCAGAUUUUCAUAAUUGGGAAUCAUUUCAAAAAUAUGCUAAAUCAACAACAGAUCGUCAUCAUGGCUCUCUAUUACAAAGUCGUUCAGGUUCAUUAGAUUCUAUUUCAUCAGCUUCAUCACAACUGAGUAAACUUUCUGCUUAUUCUGGUUAUUCAUCACAUUCGUCGCCAGUGACAACAUAUCGUAAGUCAACAUCAUUAACAAGUGGUCAUCAACAAUCACAGCAACAACCACAACAACCACAACCACUUCGACAUACAUCUCAAUCACCUCAUGAUCUUGAUGAUGAAUCGUAUGGUUAUUAUUCUAAGAAACGUUAUCAUCGUGAAGCUAGAGAGACUGCACCACCACCUGAAUCAACACGUCAUUAUACUGGUUCGAAUGCACAAAUAUCAAUGAAAAUGAAACAUAAACGUAAAGCUGAUAAACGUGAACUGUUGGAAAGUAGUAACAAUAAUAAUUAUAGUACAAUCAAUUUACCAAAUAAACGUGAAAAACUAUCACAAGAUAAAGAAAAUGCCAAUCUAGACAUAGACGACGAUUCACGUACUACACAUUAUCGUCAUCAUCAUCAUCAUUCUAUUACAACAAGUUAUAUUAAAGGUAAAAUGUUAAAAUCUGUUGGAACUGAACCAAGUAAGCAUAAAAAACAUUCAUCAUCAUCGUCAUCAUUAUCAUUGAAAAGUUCAAAAUUAAAAUCCGGUAAUCGAUUGACGUUGAAAAGGUUAUCGUCCAGUUCCAAACAUGCAAAUGAUUAUGAACAAGAAGAAGGGGAAGAGGAAGUAGAAGAAGGCAAUGACAACAGUGUAGUACAACAGCAACAACACCAACACCGCCAACAACAACAGUAUUCUGAAGAAAAUGAUUCAGAUGAUUCACAUACUAAACGAAUCAAUCAUGAUGGCAGUUAUAAUAAUAAAUCGAUAGAUAUAAAUGAGAAGAUUAGUGGAAAAUCUAAAGAAUCAUCACAAGGAUUAUUAUUUCCUACUGGAAAUGAAAUAAAAAAUGAAUUCAAUCGACUCCAUCUACCGCCAGCUCCACGUUAUCCAGGCUAUUCAGAAUCUUCUUCAUCAUCAGAUGAGGCGGAGGAUGACAAUGAUGUAGCAGUAGUUGGAAAUAAUUUCUUACGUAAUGAUCAUGAAAUGAAAGUUGGCGAUGAAGGUGAUGAUGAGGAUGAUGUUAACGAUGAUAAGUAUAGAGAACUACGUAAAGGUGAUGAUGGUGUUGAUGAUGACGAUGAUGAUGUUGAUAAUGAAGAUGCAGUCGACUCGUUUAAGAAUAAACCACCAGGAAAACCAUUUUAUUUUCCAUCUAUACAAGGUUGUAGAUCAGUGGAAGAAUUUGAAUGUCUAAAUCGUAUUGAAGAAGGCACAUAUGGUGUUGUCUAUCGGGCACGUGAUAAAAAAGUCAAUGAAAUUGUUGCAUUGAAACGUUUAAAAAUGGAAAAAGAACGUGAUGGUUUCCCUAUUACAUCAUUACGUGAAAUUAAUAUGUUGAUGAAAGCUCAACAUGAAAAUAUUGUUACUGUACGUGAAAUUGUAGUCGGUAGUAAUAUGGAUAAAAUCUAUUUAGUCAUGGAUUAUGUGGAACAUGAUUUAAAAUCAUUAAUGGAGAUUAUGAAUGGUCCUUUCAGUGUUGGUGAAGUGAAAUGUUUACUUGUACAAUUAUUAAGAGCAGUUAGUCAUUUACAUGAUAAUUGGAUAUUACAUCGAGAUUUAAAAACGUCAAAUCUUUUAUUAAGUCAUCAAGGAAUUUUAAAAGUUGGAGAUUUUGGUUUAGCUCGUGAAUAUGGUUCACCUUUGAAACAUUAUACUGAGGUUGUAGUUACAUUAUGGUAUCGAGCACCGGAAUUGUUGUUAGGUACAAAACAAUACACUUGUCCAAUUGAUUUAUGGUCAGUUGGUUGUAUUUUUGCUGAAUUUUUGCUACAACGACCAUUAUUCCCUGGGAAAGGUGAAGUGGAUGAAUUGAAUAUUAUUUUUCGUGAUUUAGGCACACCAACAGAACGUAUAUGGCCUGGUGUAUCACAAUUACCCGGUAUUAAAAAAUGUGUUUUCACUGAAUAUCCAUAUAAUCAAUUAAGGCGAAGAUUUACGGAAAAACAAAUUUCAGAUCAAGGUUUUGAUUUAUUAAAUAGUUUCCUUACAUAUUGUCCAGAUAAACGAAUUACUGCAGAAAAAGCACUUGUUCAUCCUUAUUUCAAUGAACGUCCUCGUGCUAUCCAUCCAUCAAUGUUUCCAAGUUGGCCAGCUAAAUCUGAAGGUGGUGUAGCUGUACGCAAGGCAUCACCACGUGCACCAGCUGGUGGUGGUGCUUUAGCAGCUGCAGCGGCUGCUGUAGCUGCUGCUGCGGCCGCAGCCGCCGCCACCGCAUCAUCUCUAGUGACAACAAGUGCCGGUUGUCGUAUGAAAUAUCAACCUCCAGCACCUCCAAUGGGUGGUCAACGAUUUUAUAGUAGUAUGUCUGAUUCACGUCCAGGUACAGCAAAUCAAGGAUCAGGUGAUGCGUUUACUACUAGUGGUGUAGAUAAAGGAUUUUUACUACGUUUUUAAAGAAACUAUUUCAUUAUUCUCUCUCUCUCUCUCCCAGUUGCUUUGUACAGAAAAAAACAUAAUUUAAGAUUCUUACUUUUGUGUGUAUUGUAACUUGCUGCUGCCCCUGCUCUUCUUCUACGAAAAUGUAUAUGUAAUCUAUACAAUAAAUUUGAUUUUUACCAAUGA